UUCAGUAGAAAUCCAGAAUUGCUUUCGAUCGCUGCAUAAUCAAAUCGAAAAAAAGGUUUUUUUUGAGACUUUUUGGAAAGACUAAUUUGAAGAGAAAAAAAAGAAAAAGAAAAAGAAAAAGAAAAGAAAAUGAAGUUGCAUUUGGUCUUAGCAAUUGUUUUGCUGGAAAUUGUUUCCAUUUUUGGCGCCAAUCCAAAAAUAAUUUCGCCUGUAGGAAAAUCUUAUCAUAUUCCAACUGUUAAGUCUAAUUGGUUCAAAGCGAAUUCACAUUGUUACAAUAUUGGCAUGCGCUUGGUGAGAAUUUCGUCGAGCGAAGAACAUAAUGCGGUCGUGAAAGUGAUUAAAGCUAGUGGAUACAAAUACGAUAACUUUUGGACAUCAGCCACUGAAUUGGGCAAUAUUGGCUACUAUUGGUUCCAUAGUGGGCAAAAUCUACAGUUCAAAAAGUGGGCAUCAGGUCAACCAGGUGGAAAAGAUGAACACUGCAUGCAACUUAGUCGCUAUACGAAUUUCGAAUGGCACGAUUACCCAUGCACGGAGGUCACUCGUUUUGUGUGUGAAACAACAUAACGCAACAAUAACAAGUCCUAAUGCAAACAACACAUUGGGAUACAUACUUUUUGGAGAAUAAAAAUCGAAAAAAACAAAUAUUUUUACGUCUCACCAAUAAAACUGACGUAUUCUAUUGAAAAUGCAAUUUGGAAAUAUUGGAAAAAUUGUAAUUUUGAUCAAAAUAAAUAAAAAUUGCAUUCCAUUUAAAUGUCUCG